AUGGAUCAAGUCAAUCUGCGGCGCAAAGACACCACGAAAGGACCGCCGCUGCGGAUCCUGUCACUUGAUGGCGGAGGCGUUCGCGGCUACUCAAUGCUCAUAAUCCUCCAAGAACUCAUGUACCGCGCCUACGUCGAAACCGAAGGCAAACCGCCAAAGCGCGAAGAGAUUCCCAAGCCAUGCGAAUACUUCGACCUCAUCGCCGGCACAGGCACCGGCGGCUCAUAG